AUGCUCUCCAACGCUCUGCUUACCGCUGCCCUGGCAGCCGGCAUGGCCCACGCCCUGCCUCAAGCUACCGGCACGCCCUCGCCCACGCCCACUUCGCCCAGCGUGACGACCGCCGCGGCUUCUGGCAACCCUUUUGCCGGCAAGGACUUCUACGCCAACCCAUACUACUCGUCUGAAGUCUACACCCUGGCCAUGCCCUCGCUUGCAGCCUCGCUGAAGCCUGCUGCCAGCGCAGUGGCCAAGGUCGGCUCGUUCGUGUGGAUGGACACCAUGUCCAAGAUUCCUCUGUUGGAGACGUACCUUGCCGACAUCAAGACCAAGAACGCUGCAGGCGCAAAGCUCAUGGCUACCUUUGUCGUAUACGACCUGCCCGACCGUGACUGCGCUGCUCUGGCCUCCAACGGUGAACUCAAGAUUGACGAUGGUGGCGUCGAAAAGUACAAGACGCAGUACAUUGACAAGAUUGCCGCCAUCAUCAAGAAGUACCCCGAUGUCAAGGUCAACCUUGCCAUUGAGCCCGACUCGCUCGCCAACAUGGUCACCAACAUGAACGUGCAAAAGUGCUCGCGCGCUGCCCCAUACUACAAGGACCUCACUGCCUACGCCCUCAAGACGCUCAACCUUGCCAACGUUGACAUGUAUCUUGAUGGUGGCCACGCUGGUUGGCUGGGUUGGCCCGCCAACAUUGGCCCGGCCGCGAAGCUCUACGCUGAGGUUUACAAGGCUGCUGGCUCUCCUCGCGCUGUCCGUGGUAUUGUUACCAACGUCAGCAACUACAACGCUUUCCGUGUUUCCACCUGCCCUUCGUACACCCAAGGCAACUCCAACUGCGACGAGGAGCGCUACAUCAACGCUUUCGCUCCUCUCCUCAAGGCUGAGGGCUUCCCAGCCCACUUCAUCGUCGACCAGGGACGCUCCGGCAAGCAGCCUACCGGCCAGCAGGAGUGGGGUGACUGGUGCAACGCUCAGGGUGCUGGUUUCGGCACCAGGCCCACCACCAACACUGGCAACGACAACGUUGACGCUAUUGUCUGGGUCAAGCCCGGUGGUGAGUCUGACGGUACUUCCGACCCCACCGCUGCCCGCUACGACGGCUUCUGCGGCAAGUCUAGCGCCAUGAAGCCUGCGCCCGAGGCCGGAACCUGGUUCCAGGCCUACUUUGAGAUGCUUCUCAAGAACGCCAACCCUCCUCUGGCUUAA